AUGCCACUGUGGUUGCGAUGUUUUCCGUGUAACAAAAAAAAUAUAUUCCAAUAUCAUUUUUCCGAUAAAUGUCAAAUUAUAUUUUCAAUCGUGAUAAUCAUUACGUGUGUGUUCAACUUGAUCAGUGCGCCGCUGGUCGAGCAGUGCAUGGUGGACGACUGGUCUGACGUGUUGUCGACAUUGUUGACGGUAUUGCAGUCCAGGGUAGUGGCCAUCGCUUCGGUUAUAUCCAGAGGAAUCGUGUUGUACAACGCGUAUUUUAACAAGUAUCAAAAGUACAGGACGACGUUGGAGAGUUUUAGCAUCUACUCGCCAAUGACCGCCGCCGUUUGGAGCCGGUACAAAUUGUAUUCUGUCGUGACCGUAUCGCUGUGUCUAACGUUCAUGCUGCCGACGAACUUCGUAAAACUGUACAACAUGUACUACAAACACCCCGACGGGUCCCUGUUGGUGACGCAUUUCUUCUUCUUUUAUUUACAAAAUUUCAGUAUGUACUUGAUCGAAAACGAUUUCGCCAAUCGGUGUUUCGUGGUCUACGCCACGUUCCGAGACAUUAACGAUGAUCUAAACAGGUUGAAAACCGAGCACAUCGACCUCUGCAGAUUUCCGUUCCUCGGGAAAGCUGCGGAUGACCCGUGGUCGAAUGCCGCACCUUCGUCGACAUCGCGUGUCGUCGUUUACGACAAAGAUUUUUACUGUCCGAGAGACAAGGCGAACCCGUUGACCAACAUCGUCGAGAUCUUGAAAAUCAGACACUGGUUAACCCGCGAAGCCGUAGUCGACAUAAACUAUCUGUUCGGCAAUCACUUGGGACUGUCAAUACUCUCCUUGAGCGUUCUUGUGUUGUUGGACGUAUAUACCGGCGCGUUCCAUUCGUUCGCUAAUGACCGCGUGGAUAAGAAAAUAUUUCGUUCGAUGCUGUUAUUCUUUGCUUGUGUAUUGCAGUACUCGUAUAGGUUCUGUGUAAUUACUAUCCUCUCAAAUGUAACGACAAAUCAGGCGGUUAAUGCAAAAACAUUAAUAACUGAUAUAAACAAUAGGUAUUUGGAUACUAGUACACAGGAAGAGCUUCAACUAUUCUACGCUCAAAUAUCUAGUCGCUGCAUUGAGUUCACUGCUUGUGAUUUAUUCACUUUGAAUACACGUCUCAUCACUUCAGCUAUAGCUGCUGGUGCCACAUAUUUAGUUAUUUUAGUGCAAUUUCACUCUGGAAAAAAUUGA